AUGCAUCAUCUAGUACGAUCUCCUCUGCAUCUGUUCGUACUGCUCUUCUUCUCCAGUCUCGCCGUGGCCUCUGCAGCCACAGAGCGGAUAAUCCCGAACUCCACCACGUCGUCGUCAUCGUCGUGCCCGUCGUACCGGUGCGGCCACACCGUGGACAUCCGGUACCCGUUCUGGAUCGACGACGACGGCAGCGCGAGCGCGAGCGCCGGCAACGCCUCCUCCUCGUCGUCGUCAUCCUCCCACUGCGGGUACCCGAGCCUGCGCCUGGAGUGCCGGCGCGAGACGCCGGUGCUGCCGCUCCCGUCGGGGGACUACGCCGUGACGCACAUCAUGUACGGCGACCGCACGCUGUCGCUGUUCGACCUCGGCGUGUUCUCGCUGUCCAACACCUGCCCGCUGGUGGGCCGCAACCUGUCCCUCCCCUCCGGGUCGCCGCUGUCGCUCACGCCCCGGGACGCCAACCUCACCUUCUUCGUGCACUGCUCCUUCGUGGGCAUCCCGGCGCACCUCGUGGCGUGCCUCGAGGGCGACGGCAGGCACCACUCGUACGUGUUCCGCGACGGCGACGAGCUCGCGCCGUACGGCUACGCAGGGCUGUGCCAGAGCGUCAUCGGCAUGCCCGUGCUGCGGAGGUCCCUGCUCGGCGCCGCGGGGUCGUCCACCAGCCCGCUGGACGCCGUCGUGCCCGCGCUCAACAUGGGGUUCGAGCUGAGCUGGAGGCCGGAGACGGACGGGGAGUGCGGACAGUGCGAGAGAGCCGGCGGCCUGUGCGGCCGCCGUCGUCGGCAGGAGGGGCACGGGCCGUGGACCUUCGCGUGCUUCCGGGCUGCGGCGAACCCAGCGUGGAUUCCUCCGAAAACUCCAGGUUUAAUUAUAAAUGGGCUUAACAAUAUGGAGCUCUCCGAGACGCGUAGUUAA